AUGACAAAUUUGAAAUGUGCAACUAAAAAGCAAGCCAAGAAGAAAGUCGAAUCCGACAAUGAUGAAGCUGAAAAUAAUAUUGAUGUCGAAUCUGAACAUCUAGAAACCGACAUUAGCACUUCAUUUAAAUUAUCUGCACCUAUUACACGAUCUAAAAAGCAUUUGAAAAAAGCAAGUAAUGAAGAAAACUGA